AUGUCAAUGUUCAGGUCUCCUAGGGAGGUAUCGUCCUCGGAUACGUCCUCGGACGCAUCAUCGGACGAAAGUCAACAUGAUAUGUCUACGGCAGACUGCGUGCCCACCCAAGGUACACAGCAGAAUAAGGAAAAUGGCGUUGAUGAAUCUCGUCUCCUCCAGGACAAUGCCCAUCAAGACCAUGAGGCAGAUUCCGGCACUGUGUUGGAGGGUGAUACAAAAGGCCAUUCGAACAUGAUGACAGCCGCUCUUCUCGAAUUCUACUGUCUUAGUCGGGCGGCAGACAUCUUAAACAAACAGGCGGGCUCGAAUGGACGGUACACGCGUGAUUCGCCCGAAGUGCGAUAUCUCGGGAACCAGUUGUACACGCACAAGUCUGCAUUCCUGUCUUCGCUAGGCGCGUUGUCUCAGGGAAUCGAAGGAGAUGAAUGGGGAGCGACAAGACAAUAUUAUCGCGACAAUCUUGAUAUGUUGGGCAUGUCUAUGCUAGAUAGACUCAAAAUCAAUGAUGUCGGUGGACAGCAAUCUGGAAUCACAACAGCAUCCGAUGCAGGCCCGAGCUCAGAGCAAACCAAGGCUCUCCAGCUGUGGCCAAUUAAUACAAAACUGGACAUGGUGCAGGCCGGACAUAGUCGUGCUGGACUGCCAGGCGGCCAAAAGAGACUAGUUGGCCACGAAAACGUCCAUACCUCACGAAAUUUUCCAUUUGAUCUCACGGCCUUGCUUGACUCGCCGGUGCACCUUCCAGGAAGCUCACCUGUUGGCCUGCCUCUAUUUCAGCCCAAACCACAACCCCCAAACAGUCAUCUGUCGCGGUAUGUCAUGGAGUUUACUGAGGUCAAAAUCCUCGGCCGUGGCUCAUUUGGCGAAGUAUAUCAUGUCAAAAAUCAUAUAGACGACCAGGAUUAUGCAAUCAAAAAAAUCCCCCUCAGUCAACGACGGCUUCAGCAGCUACAAGGUGGUAGCCAGAACCAGCUGGAAAAGAUUAUGAAGGAGAUUCGAACACUUGCUCGACUCGAGCAUACCAAUGUCGUUCGAUAUUACGGCGCCUGGGUGGAACAGUGCCACGCUUCCGGUUAUGCUGCUUCUCUGCACGAGCGGUCUGAUGAUAUCGAAUCUGCACAGAUGCAAAGCUACACUUUUAGCCGGGAAAUGACAAACAGCCAAAGCUUUGGGAUCGUUUUCGAGCAGUCAGAAACUUCGACUGUAUCACACCAGACAUUACCAUUGGACCUUGAGUCAAAGCCGUCCAGUACAUACCAUCGCCGUCUAAGUCACGCCAGUGUGGGCAGCCACACUUCGAAGGCAACGUCUGCCCAUGACACCGGGGAUGAUGAUGAAAUAGAGUCCAUUCCACGCAACUUCAGCCUCAACUCACAAGAACCUCUGUCUACCUUCGGUGGCACCGACGAUGAUAUUUUCACGGAUGGCCUCAGCGAAGAUCCUUCCAAACUGCAAAUUCAGCGGAAGUACCGAAGCGCAGCUCAGCUUCCCGCCGUUGUUCUACACAUCCAAAUGUCAUUACACCCCAUCUCGCUGAGCUCUUACCUGAACCCACAACCAAGUGCAAACACGGAGCAUGACAAAUCGCUCCCACGGCGCCACUGCUACCAUCUGGUGCCUUCUCUAAAGCUAAUGUUGGAUAUAAUCUCCGGAGUUGAUUAUCUUCACUCCAAGAAGAUAGUGCACCGCGAUCUGAAGCCAGCUAAUAUCUUCCUCUGCGCUCCGGACAAGAAACAACUGGAUGGAUGUUCUCCCUGUACAAGCGUACAUGGGCCAGUCUACAGAUACUGCCAUCCUCGUAUUGGUGACUUUGGGCUUGUCGCAGAUAUUUCGCACAUCAACGACUGUCCUCCAGAGGGAUCGUCCACAAUGCCACAAGACGCAGAGAUCCACACCGUCGUCGGAACCGAAUUCUACCGUCCGCCUAUUCACGCCAGCAAGGCAGGAGUGGCUGAAUCCCCAGGUCAUAAUACCAAACCAGCAUCUGUGUACGUCAUUGAUGAGACCCUCGACGUAUACGCGCUGGGUGUCAUCUUGUUUGAACUGGUAUAUCCACUGAACACUAAAAUGGAGCGCCAGCUCGUCCUCACAGGGCUCACCCGAGGAUCACCGGGACAAACGUCAACCACAUCUAUUUUCCCAGGAGACUUCUCACAGAAGCUUCACAUGGGCUCUAUGGCCCUAGCUGAUGGAACGUCGGUCGCCGACCAUCUGAUGACGUGCAUAAGGGGCAUGUUGGAGCCUGAUCCGCAACAGCGCUGGCGCUCACCGCAGAUUAAGAAGUAUCUGGAGGAGCUUCUUUCUCAGGUGCAGGGCCUAAGCUAG